AUGUCCCAAACCGCGACCGCAACCUGCUUCUGCGGCACUGUCCAGCUCGAGCUGCCCGUCGCAGGUCCUGACAUGAUCUCCUCAUUCGUCUGCCACUGCAGCGAUUGCCGCAAGAUCACAGCCUCCAUGUUCGCAUCCAACUUCAUCGUCAACAACUCCGCUCUCAAGCACCUCAAAGGAGAAGACAAGCUUUCCCAAUACUCCCGCUCCGACACCAUUGCCUCGGGAAACACAAUGACCAACUACUUCUGCUCCAACUGCGGCACAUUGAUGUACAGAAGAAGCUCAGGCUGGCCUGGCAAGUCUGUCACUCGCAUCGGCACGGUGGAUGACUUUGAGCUGCACGAGACGAAGCUUAUGCCUCAGGUCGAGCAGUUUUGCAAAGACCGUGUGGCUUGGAUCAAGGGUGUUGAUGGGGUCGCCGAGACGGAUCAGAAGCAGUAUCCUUUCAAGGUGUAA